AUGCAAAAUAGGACCGUGUUUCCGGAGUUCAUUCUGUUGGGUCUCACAAAUCAGCCUGAACUCCAGGUAGUGAUAUUCAUCUUUCUCUUUCUCACUUACAUGCUAAGUGUCCUGGGAAAUCUGACCAUUAUCACUCUCAUGCUUCUAGACCCCAACCUCCAAACUCCAAUGUAUUUCUUCCUCCGGAAUUUCUCCUUCUUAGAAAUUUCCUUCACAUCCAUUUUCAUUCCCAGAUUUCUUUCCAGCAUGACCACAGGUAAUAAAGUCAUUAGCUUUUCUGGCUGCUUGACUCAGUAUUUUUUUGCUCUAUUUCUCGGAGCAACUGAGUUUUACCUGCUGGCAUCGAUGUCCUGUGAUCGCUACGUAGCCAUCUGCAAGCCCCUGCAUUACCUAACCCUUCUGAGCAGCAGAGUCUGCAUACAACUCAUGCUCUGCUCCUGGCUGGGAGGAUUCCUAGCCGUAUUGCCACCAAUCAUACUGAUGAGCCGAGUAGACUUCUGUGCUUCCAAUGUCCUGAAUCACUAUUACUGUGACUAUGGGCCCCUCAUGGAGCUCGCCUGCUCAGACACAAGCCUCCUGGAGUUCAUGGUCAUCUUCCUGGCCAUCGUGACUCUGGUGGUGACUCUGGUACUUGUAGCACUUUCUUACAUAUACAUCAUCAGGACCAUUCUGAGGCUCCCUUCUGCCUAGCAGAGGACGAAGGCGUUUUCCACUUGCUCCUCCCAUAUGAUUGUCAUCUCCCUCUCUUACGGCAGCCGCAUGUUCAUGUACAUUAAUCCCUCUGCAAAAGAAGGGGGUGCUUUCAACAAAGGAAUAGCUGUUCUCAUUACUUCAGUCACCCCCUUGUUGAACCCUUUUAUUUAUACUCUAAGAAAUCAGCAAGUAAAGCAAGCCUUCAAGGAUAUCAUCAAGAAGAUGGUGACAUUUUAA